AUGUCAGCGAGGAGAAAAGGAAGAGCAGAGGAGGAGAACCAGGAGGUUCUCUCAGAGGAGGAGAGGAGGAGUGUUGAGGAGGAGGAGGACUUUGAGGAGGCGAUGAGGGAGGCUGCCUUCUCCACCGCUUCCAGGAAAAAACCUGCACUAUCCGAACCAAACCCCCCCCCCAAUAUCCCGGAGGCAGUGGACGACUUCCUGAGAAACUCCCUCCGGAGAGCCGGCCUGAGCCGGACUCUGAACAGCUUUGAGGCGGAGUGGUACGGCUCAGCUCAGAAACUCCUCUCAGAAACUCUGAUGAUGCCAACGACGGGCAUCUUCUUCAUCCCUGACGCCCUCACACACAGACAGCUCCUCCAGAGUGAGCUGGAGACGGUCCGCAGAGAGACGGACCGGCUCAGACAGGAGGUGCUGGUGGCAGGGGAGAGCCUGGUGAGGAUGCAGAGGGAGAGGGAUUUCCACCGGCUGCAGUACCGACGAGUCGCGGAGGACAAACACAGGCUGAUCGCAGACUUCCAACAGCUGAAGAAACACCUGGAGUCCUACGAGCCGGUGCUGAGGCAGCUGGACGACAAGUAUCAAGCAGCUCUGAGGCAGAAAAUGCUCAUCAGUCUAAAAAAGGACCGGCUUCAGAACACUGCGGACGCAAGACUGAAUCAGGAAAAACCCCCAAUGAAGAAAGAGAGAAGCAUCAACCGGAUCCACAGCGCUGAGAACCCACCAGCAACCAGCACCUCCACCAGGAGGGAGAAGGACACAGAGUUUCCCCUCUGCAGCCGGCUGCUCAAUCCUCUCCUGGAUCAGGUGAAUUCUGAGAGAUGGAAAAGCCCCAGUUCCUUCAGCUUGUCCUGCUCCAUCAGGGCCCACGAGCUUCCCAUCAGCUGCAUCGACCUCCAUCCACGGAAACGGAUCCUGGCCUCCGCCAGCGACGACCGCAGCUGGAAGCUGUGGGCGCUGCCGGCCGGCGGAGAGAAGGUUGGUGAGCUGGUGCUGACAGGUGAGGGUCACUCUGAUUGGGUGUCUGGCUGCAGUUUUCACCCCAAUGGAGCAAAACUGGCAACAACCAGCGGAGACACCAUGGUGCGGCUCUGGGAUUUCUCUCGCGGCUGCUGCGUGUUGACGCUGUCCGGUCAUAGCCAACCCACCUGGGGCUGCGCCUUCCACUGGUGUGGCCACUUUCUGGCUUCCUGCUCUGCCGACAGAACCGCCAAGCUGUGGGACCUGAACAGUCAGCGCUGCCGCCUCACACUCCGUCGCCACACUGCCUCUGUCAACAGUGUCCGCUUCCUGCCCUUCUCCAACCUCCUCCUCACCUGCUCGGCUGACAAAACCCUCGCCAUGUGGGACGCCAGGCUGGGAGUCUGCACCGCAACCUUCCAUGGACACCAGCACCCCUGCAACCACGCCACUUCCAGCCUGGCCAGCGAUGUCGUGGCCUCAUGUGACUCCCGUGGUGUCAUCAACCUGUGGGAUGUCAGAAAGCCUGCGUUGGCAAUGGCCACGGUAGAUGCCGGGCCACUGGCUGCCAACCAGGUAGCGUUCAGCCCAUCGGGGAAGAUGCUAGCUGUUGCCAGCAGCGACGGUCUGGUUAGAGUGGUGGAGGUGGAUUCCGGCGUGGUGAGCAGCCUGUUGGGACACAGCGAUGGCGUGCAGAGUGUGACAUUCGACCACGAGGGGGAGACUGUGGUCUCAGGAGGGAGUGAUGGAGUGAUUAACGUCUGGGCCUGAAGUAAUGUGGAUGAAAAACAGAUGUGAAACCAGCUGAUGGUGUUUGAGAUGACGAUCAGAUUGUCCUGUGGUCAACAUGAUUUUGAAUAUUUUGUUUUCUUGUGGUAAUGCAAAAAUAUAUUUUUUCUGAUAGCU